CUGAGUCAUCGCCCCUCAGACUCUCAACGUGGUCGGACAGAUAUCUCAACAACCAUUCAGUCGCUACCGGAUAUAUUUUUUGGCACCACGACGUUUUUCUCUAAUUGCCUGACAGGAUUGAGAUGUUCCAGUUUAGGUUUUCGAUAGUGCUGAAGGAGUUGUUUGAAGCCACCCUCAAGCGUCCCUUGCCCGGCUCUAGACAGAAGACCUGGUUCCCGACCCGCCGCCGCUGCUGCUUCGGCACCGCCUCCGUUGAUGCCAGACCCGUCUCCCCUCAGCUGAAGGUCCUCCAUGCCGCGUCGUACCGCGCCGCGCCCCGCACCGCCCCGUUCCGCUCGUACUGCACAAAAACCGAAGGGGCCGUGGAGCUGGACGAACAGCUGAAGAAGGAUGUUGUCAGCCCUGAAGAAGCCAGUGAAAAGAGAAGAACUGCAGGCAUUCUCCCCAGUUUGGAGGACUUGCUCUUCUACACAGUCGCAGAAGGCCAAGAGAAGAUUCCUGCUCAUAAGUUUCUCACAGCGCUUAAAGCCACCGGGCUUCGCACUGGAGACCCCAGACUGAAGGAAUGCAUGGACACCCUUAAAGAAACUCUAAGGAACACCAAAGAUGGCGUUACGCUGGACAGGCACCUAUUCAAGAAGUGUGUCCAGAGCAACAUUGUCCUGCUCACUCAGGCCUUCCGCAAGAAGUUCGUCAUCCCCGACUUCCAGUCCUUCACCUCCCAUAUUGAUGAGCUGUAUGAGAGUGCCAAAAAGCUCUCUGGAGGACAGGUCGCGGACUACAUUCCUCAGCUCGCCAAAUUCAGCCCUGACCUGUGGGCCGUGUCUCUGUGCACCGUGGACGGACAGAGGCACACUGUAGGAGACACCAAGGUCCCCUUCUGUCUGCAGUCCUGUGUCAAGCCUCUGAAGUACGCUGUGGCGGUCCAUGACCACAGCACAGAGUAUGUGCACAGCUUCAUUGGGAUGGAGCCCAGUGGCCUGCGCUUUAAUAAGCUCUUCCUGAGUGACGAUGAUAAGCCCCACAACCCCAUGGUGAAUGCUGGCGCUAUAGUUUGCACUUCACUGAUAAAGCAAGGGGCAAGCAACGCAGAAAGAUUUGAUUAUGUCAUGAACUUUCUGAAAAAAAUGGCUGGAAACGAGUACGUGGGUUUCAGCAACGCCACAUUCCAGUCGGAGCGUGAGUCAGGCGACAGGAACUUUGCUAUCGGCUACUACCUGAAAGAAAAAAAGUGUUUUCCAGAGGGGACGGACAUGACAUCUGUACUGGACUUCUACUUUCAACUGUGUUCGAUUGAGGUGACCUGCGAGAGCGCCAGCGUCAUGGCAGCCACCCUGGCUAACGGCGGCAUCUGUCCAAUCACGGGUGAGCGUGUGCUGAACCCCGAGGCGGUGAGGAACACCUUGAGUCUGAUGCACUCCUGCGGCAUGUACGACUUCUCAGGACAGUUUGCUUUCCACGUCGGUCUGCCCGCCAAGUCUGGAGUAGCGGGGGGGAUCCUGCUGGUCGUACCCAACGUGAUGGGCAUCAUGUGCUGGUCACCUCCGCUAGACAAGCUGGGCAACUCGGUCAGAGGAAUACAGUUCUGCACGGACCUCGUGGAGCGUUUCAACUUCCACAACUACGACAACCUGAGGCACUUUGCCAAGAAGCACGACCCUCGCAGAGAAGGAGGGGACCAGCGGGUAAGGACACAAGGCAUCAUGUUAAGGAACAAACCAUCCCAAACAGCAUUUGGCCCAUCACACACACUGACCACAACGCCUUCUCUCCAAGAGUGUGUCAGCUCUCCUUCGGACCCAUGGAUUACGAGAGCCUCCAGCAAGAGCUGGCCCUGAAAGCCCCUCUUUGGAAAAAGGUGUCCCUCACUGAGUCUCACCAGGACAGCUCCACCACUGUAGUCUAUAGGAUGGACAAUGUCGCCGAGUGAAAAAACUAAAAAAGGAGACCCGCCUGCCCUCCCCCCUGACCCCCCGACCCCUACCUCUACUGAUCUCUCUCUCUCUACCUCUACUGAUCUCUCUCCCCACCUCUCGCACCACCACCACCACACUUCCUCACCCUCAAAUAUUUAUACAUAAAUUAUGUAGAGGAUUAUUUAUUACUUGUGAAGCACUUACUGUGUGGAGUGGACGCACUGGGAAGCUGCUUUUGUUUGUAUUUGUGAUGGAAAAUUGGACUGACGUUUUUGCUUGUUAACUGUGCUCUGAAUAAUAAUAAUAAUAAUAAUAGUUUUCAAAUUAUUUUUCAUAGCGCUUUUCUAAACACUCAAAAACAGUUUUGAAUUCCAAAUUAACUCUAAACCUCUGCCUGCUUGUUGCCUUAGUGUGUGUGUGUGUGAUCUGGUGAAAUAAUAAUUAUAAAUUGAAUUUAUAUAGCGCUUUUCACGAACUCAAAGCCGCUUUACAGGGCAUGAAGACAAUAAAAACAAUGCACAACUAAACAACAGACCAGUACAGUGUACAGCCUGUGCUCCUGUCUCGUAUCAUCCCCUUUAUUGCAGUGUGUUAGUGACAGAAUCCUCCAAUAGGCUCAGAGUUGAUUUGAAAUUCAGUUUUAUAUUUAGUUGUGUGUGUGUUUGCGUGUGCGGAGCUUCAGUGCAGACAGCGUUUAGACCAACGGUCAUUAAAUAUACAUUGAGACUACUUUUCGGUGAAAAUUGCUUCCUGUUCCUUCCACUGGAGGUAUUAAUACAGAUGCUGGAUGUACCGUAGUACCUGAUGACAACAGCAGCAUAACCAAAUAUAUUUUUAGAUUAUUGAUGGAACACAACAGAAAGAGACUAUUGUCAACAUAUCAGGUAACUGCACGCCUCGGCUGGAGUGCAGGAGUGUUAAGUAUAAAAGGAUCUGUGCAUCCUGGAGGGAUUUUAAUAAUUCAGGUGUUUCGCUUUUCCAAAUUUAGAACUUGAAAGGAAAAAUCAACCCAAAAAGUGAAAGUUUUUCUCAGCCUUCCAGUCAGAGCUACAGAGCUGAUCCCAAACGUUAGCCUCUGAUUGUCUUUGGUAGUUUAAUGUCUAAGUAGAACAUUUCUCUGCACAAUACACAAGCACUUGCACCAUCUGUCUGUCGGUGGUUAAGCCCUAAAAGACAUUAAACUUGCCCACAGAUGUCUGAAGUAAAAUAAAUACAGACAUUUCUGACAGGAGAUUAGUCGGAACUCCCCUUUGGACUCGAAAAGGGUUUUGACUGCACAUCUGUAUCUGUAUGUGCCCAAAUUAAUUUUAAUAGUAAACAAAUAGCAUCAUUUGUGCCUCCCUCCAUACCAUUAAAGGUCCCAUGGCAUUCAUUUUAACAUUUAAUAUUAAUAUGAGUCCCCCCAGUCUUCCUAUGACCCCCCCAGUGGCUAGAAAUGGU